AAGAUCAAAGUGAACCGUGUGUGUUUCAGUAAAAAUUGUCCGAAGUAUUCGACACCUGCUUCGAAUCGAAGUUCUGUUAUCAGUGACAACAUCACAGGAAACCAUUUUCUCCAAAAUGCCAUCGCCACAGGUCCUCCAGCCGGUACUUAAAAAGAAGGUGGAUGAGCUUUUUCUGAUCUGGCUGAGUGAUCCAGUUACUCAGUCGGUACUCAAAGACCAUCUCGACCUUAUCAAAAGUGGACAUAACAUAGGUUUGAAAAGUCUGGGUGCUGUUAACAAAAGUUCUUUCAACGAGAACAACAAUGUUGGAUCCCAAAGGAACCUGGCAGAGACGAAGCCUGCACCAAUCUGUACGCCAAGCCUUCCAUCUGCCCAAAUGCUGCCUUCAGGUAGUGGCAGUACGGCCAAAAUGACAGGACCCCAUGGCAGAGCACUACACAGGUCUGUCAGCACAAAGAAGGUCCAGCUGAAGACAGAGAAGCCCGUCACCACAGCGCUCAGCGAAAGCAUUCCAAAGUUCUACUUCCCACAGGGCCGGCCUCAAGCCAACCUCAACAUUGACAGCCUCAUUUCCAAAAUUGAGAAAAUAUUUUCCCAAUUCCCAAAUGAAAGGGCCACCUUUGAGGACAUGGGCCAGGUUGCCAAGGCCUGCGACUGUCCUCUCUACUGGAAGGCACAUUGUUCUGCCUCGGCUGGAGGCGACAGGACAGGCUUCGUGUCUGUUCACAAGUUUGUGGCUAUGUGGAGAAAGACUCUGCAGACCUGUCACGAUGAAGCUUCCAAAUUUGUGCACCUCUUGGCCAAGCCUGGCUGCAAUUACCUGGAACAAGAUGACUUUAUUCCAUUCCUGCAGGAUGUGGUGAACUGUCACACAGGUCUGGCCUUUCUGAAGGAAGCACCAGACUUUCACUCUCGCUACAUCACCACGGUGAUUCAGAGGAUAUUUUACACUGUGAACCGCUCGUGGACCGGCAGAAUUACCUGUUCUGAGCUCAGGAAAAGUCACUUUCUUCAGAACGUGGCCUUGCUGGAGCAGGAAGAAGACGUGAACCAGCUGACAGAGUUCUUUUCUUAUGAGCAUUUCUACGUUAUCUACUGCAAGUUCUGGGAGUUGGACACCGACCAUGACCUCUACAUAAGCCAACAGGACCUGGCACGGCACAGCGACCAAGCCAUCUCCCAUAAAAUGAUUGAGAGAAUCUUCUCAGGGACAGUAACGAGGGACACACGUGUGUAUAAGGAGGGGCGACUGAGUUACGCCGAUUUUGUGUGGUUCCUCAUUUCCGAGGAGGACAAGAAGACGGACACCAGUAUCGAAUACUGGUUCCGCUGCAUGGACCUGGACGGGGACGGGGUGCUCAGUAUGUAUGAGCUGGAGUACUUCUACGAGGAACAGUGUCAGAAGCUGGAGACCAUGGCCAUCGAGCCGCUGCCUUUCGAGGACUGCCUCUGCCAAAUGCUUGACCUGGUCAAGCCAGAGGUCGAAGGUAAAAUCACUCUGCGGGACCUUAAGAGGUGCAAGUUGUCCCACGUCUUCUUUGACACGUUCUUCAACAUCAUCAAAUAUUUGAUUCACGAGCAGAAAGACCCGUUCUCGAUGGUCAAGGAGCUGGAGGCAGACGGGCAGGAAGUGUCUGACUGGGAAAAAUAUGCUGCCGAAGAGUACGACAUCCUGGUGGCUGAAGAGGCCGCCAACGAGCACUGUGAUGACGUGUUCGAUAAUCCUCUGAGUCCAUUAGGGCAGCACGUCUCCAGUGAGCUGGGUCUGACCAAGAGGACCCUCUUCGAGAUCCCCAGUCCGCACUGCAACAUGGACCUGGGCGACUUCGAAUAUGAAGACUUCUUUGAAUGACCUCUGACCCUACGGCUUUUCUCACAAGCCCGCUGAGCUCUGUGAGGUGGCAGAGCUGGUGGACAGGAAGCGGCGACUUGUAGGUCCAGCUCAGUUUCCCACUUCACCAAACAGGAAGUGAAUCCAAACCAGAAGCCACGGUCGGAACACGUAAGGCAGAACGAUGCCGCGCCUGGAGUUUAAUCCUCAGAGUAGCGGCUUGCGGAUAUUCAGUGGUUCCCAAACUGCAGGGGCGGGGCUUAUAGCGAUUAAACGUGUGCACUACAAAGUCAAAAGUGAAGUGGAAAUAAAGUUGACUGAAUUGGAUUCAGUGGACCAGGAGUUUGAUGUCAUGAUUGGGAACGUGAGGAAUGACAGGAAAGAAGACAGCGCACAACGCUUUGUUUUAGCAAAGUGUAAAAAUAACUCAUGAAGGGAAACCCUCCCAAACUGAAUGGGCGGGGCUUAGAGCGAUUAAACAUACGAAAAUGUGAAGUGGAAAUAAAGUUGACUGAAUCGGAUUCAGCGGAUCAGGAGUCUGUCCAGGAGUCUGAUGUCACGAUCAGGAAUCAGGAAACUAACUCAGGAAGGGAAAAAGAAACGUGUUGUCCCCCUCCACCCCCAAAAAUACGAGUAACGGCCAAUAACCUAGACGAGUCACCUUUAGAGCACAAACAGGGAACAUGCAUUUCAUCCUGCCCAAAACUGCCUGCCCAAAAACUGGUUUUCCUACCAGGUUAAGCUUAUAUUAACUUAGUUUAACAAGUUUUUCAAACUUUACUUUCAAGGUUCUCGGUUAUAACCAUUGUUCACAUCUUCUCCAAUAUCUUAUCCAGGCUGCGUUAUUUAUCACAACUGAAAAUUUACUUUUUACUUUCUUGUUCCACCUUUUGAUUCCAAACCAUGUAAACAAUUAAAAUAAGUUACAAUACUUACGUCAAACCGAACUUGAAAUUUUCAUGUUGAUUUACAAAACAAUUGAGUUUCGGUUCAGAGCUACAAUUUCAUAUGUUUGGUUGGGAAAAAAAAAAGUUUGUGUGUUUUGCUGUGAAUUUAUCAACCAAACAAAUGCUUGAAGUUAAACUUUUUUCUUUUUGUAAUGGGAGCAUAAAAAAUGUUUGGGGACCACUGCCCUAAAAUCCUUUUCAUCCUCAGACCAAAUCUUAUUUUGUCAUAUUUGACAUCGAUCAAUGAGUUGAAGGUGCGUUUUGUUUCUUCUUCCUCAGAAUGACGUCACAUUCAUGUUUCGCGUUAAAUUUCCGCUGCAGACUUUGUGGUUCUUACAUUCCAGAGGUGGCAACUGAACGUUGGUGAGAAUGACGCCAUAAGUUGCGUCGUCUUUCUGUAAACUUUGAUCCUGCUGUACUUUGAUCUGCGUGCCAUGGAAUUUUAAAUUAUCACAAUAAUUUAUAAAAAGUUGUAAAUAUGUACAUGUGGUUGCUGUGUUGUAACUGAUUUGCACACAAAAGAAAAUGUAGAAACAUUGUUUUUCAGUGUUUGAUGUAUUUAAUUUGGAUAUAUUCUGAGAAUGAGAAUUUUAUCUUUUAAAAUAAUAAAGCCUUAACUAAUGAGU